AUGGCUUUGAACAAACACAUGCACCCAAGGAAUGGGUACAAAGAUAAUCCUCCAGAUUUUAUUGAACUAUCGAAACAGUAUCCUGAAUUUAAACCAUAUGUCAAAUACAAUCCAAAUGGAAAGGCAUUUGUAAAUUUCCGAAUUCCGUCCGUUGUAAGAAUAUUAACAAAAUGUUUAUUACAUAAGGACUUCGAACUUGAUGUAGAUCUUCCUUCAGAUAGGCUUUCUCCUACAGUUCCAUCUCGUUUGAAUUAUAUUUUAUGGAUAGAAGAUUUAUUGAAUGCUACUUCACAGGAAUUUACCAAGCAAAGGCAUAUUGUGGAUAUCGGCACAGGGUCAGCCUGUAUAUAUCCGUUACUGGGCAUGAGAAAUAACCCAGACUGGAAAUUCACUGCGACUGAGAUUGAUAGUUUAAACUUCAAAAAUGCUGUUAAUAACAUAGAAAAAAAUUCACUAAAGUCAUCGAUAAAAGUUCUCAAAGUUGACAAAAGUGCUACAACUUCUUUGCUAUUACAUUUAUUCCAAGAUGCAAAUGAUGGAUUUGAUUUAUGUAUGUGCAAUCCACCCUUUUUCAAUGACUCAAGCGAAAUAGAAACUAAAAUCGGUCCCAUUGCAAACUCAUCAUGUCACGCAAAUGAUGUUGAAUCAAUAACAGAUGGUGGUGAUCUUGCUUUUGCUCACAAACUUUUUGAAGAAAGUUUAGAAUUAAGGCAAAAAGUUACUUGGUAUACAAUACUGAUGGGAAAGAAAAGCAGCUUUGUUACAUUCAAGAAGCAAAUUUCUAAAUACAGUGAAAUUCUAGUUACAACAUAUGAAUUUUGUCAAGGAAGAACUAUCAGAUGGGGCAUUGGGUGGAGUUUUUGUUCUGAUAUGAUUACAGAAUCAAAAUUGCCACGUUCUUCUCUACAAAAUGCGACUAAAAACCCGGAAGUUGUUGAGCCAAUUAUGUUUUCUUUACGUAAAACUUUAGAAUUAAAUUAUGUGUAUGACUCACUUAAAAGAGAACUCAGCAUUUUAGGUAUUUCAUUCAUGGAAAUAGAAAAUAACAAAAAUCUUGUUAUUUUAAAAUUGCAAUGUGAAAAAUGUAAUUGGGUUCAUAUCCGCCGACGAUCACGAAAAAGAAAACUUGAUGGCCUUUGUAAUGGAGGUUCUGUCAAAAAUCUAAUCGAGGAGUCACCUUUAACAAAAAAUGAUUCUGAUUGCACAUUACCAAAUGGAGUUGCGUCAACCUUACUUCAAUGUGAAGUUACAAUUCUCAAAGAUUCUUUCGAUCAUAUCAAACUUCAAUUUAAGACUGAAAUUCGAAUCCAAAAAGAAGUUAUGAAUACACUUGUAGUCUAUCUAAAACGUAUUUUACUCUCUGACAUUACAUAA